AGAUGUCUGCUCUCAUUAAAAAUUCAGUUAAGCUCUGAAGUUGUAGUUUAUUUUCUCACCUUGAUUGGAAAGAGAUGAAUGCUCAUUACUACAUGAGGCUACAUUGUGUCAAGCUCACAGCUCUGGUUUCUUCAAAAGAUCAUAGCAGUUAUUUCGAAGAUGAGAAAACCGUACAGAAACAGAUGGAGCAGCAGCAGCACUCAGCAUCGCAAAGCAUAGCUCCUCUUCCGCAGGGCCCUGGUGGAGAAAAGGAAACAAAGGCUUUAAUAAGAAUGAUGAGAUGUCAAAUGUUCAACUGCCUAUUUUGUAUUUCUGACGUAAUAAGAACUUCCUAUUUUGUAGUGCAUGCCAUGUAUUUCUGGCCUAUUGCUGGCACCAGUAUCAGUAUACACAUCAACUGUGGCAGCAUGACAGAGCUGUAAUUUU